AUGACGGAAUUGCCGGUCCCGUACAAAAUCCAAGGUUGGGACACCGGGGAUGACCAUUUCGACAUAAGCAUCUGUGUGAACGGGUUCCGUUUUACCACCACCGUCUCCCCGGACUGCUUCGUCGACUCGCCGCGCGCAAUUGAGCACUUCCGCGAAAUAUUCGAGCUUAUAAAGACUGAUGACGACGAUUCCUCGGAAGUUUGGGACUAUGCCGAGCAAAUUGCCGACGUCUUUUUGCCAGAGUUCGAAAGGCUAGCACCUCCCAGGCCACAUAAGGCCAAGUUGACGCUCGCCGACCUCGCAGUCCGUGGCUCCUUCGUGUGUCAAUACCAGGUCGUUGAGGAGAAGCCCUUUGCAGUCGCGGUCACGGAACGAGUGCCCUUUAGCGACGAAGACUCCUUUUACGACACAAACCCUCGGCAAGUCUUCGUCAAAGGCCGGGCCCUCUUCUACAAACCAUGCUGGUCGCCAUACGAUGCCGUCGACGAGGUCGCAAAAUACUCGCGCAUCCACACGUCGGGAUUGUGCACACAGCAACUGAGCACGUCCCGACUUUUCGGCGUGGUUACAGGUCGGGGAGGUCUCGCCAAGGGCUUGCUCUACGAAUGGAUCGAGACGAGGGACGCCGGAACUCUCGCUCUCAUCAUCGGCGCCGACACUCCGCUGACAUUGAGGGAGAAAUGGGCCGCGCAGAUACGCAACGCCGUGACGGGACUGCAUACCUUGGGUAUCGUUUGGGGCGACGUGAAGCCGGAAAACGUCCUCAUCGAUACGAAUGAUAACGCCAUUGUAAUUGACCUAGAGGGCGGUACGACGCGGGGGUGGGUCGACCGCGAUGUGAGUGGCACUGUCGAGGGUGACUUGCAAGGCCUGGAAAAGAUGGUCGACUUCAUUUUCAACGAUGAAUCUCCGCUACGCCUUGGCCGGGGCCACGGCGAGGAUCACAUGAAUAGAUCGCCUCGAUCUGAGAUUUUGUAG